AUGGAGCACAAACCGGCCAGUGCCAAGCGCAAGUCGCACCAGCAAGCCCCCGCAGCAACCACGGAGGAUGCCCAGGUAGCCCAGGUGGCGGAGGCUCUUUCGCUCGCGGGCCAGGCGCCGGCGGCCAAGGUCUUUAACUUCAUGUCACGAGUGCGGCAGGUGGUGUGCUCGUCCUACCACGCCUGGUUCCUCCUUGGAAUUCACGGCAAGCACGGUGCCUGGGCUGGGUUCGGCAAUGGCGGGCCGGCCUGUACGAGCCGACUGGGUGCUAACGGUUGUCCAGCGAGAGGGCUCGACUGGGGCGGGUUUCGCGGCGCUGCGAUCUGCGGCAUCGGUCCAGGGCAGCUGUUCGCGCGCGGCGCCACCGACGGCGACGACGUGCACCUGGAGUGCCCCACCGGCGGCGUUAUCUCCGAGAUCGUGUGGGCGCGCUACGGCCGCAUCGAGGGCUCGUGCGAAGAGGCCCCCACGGCGCCACUCACGGUGCACGACCAGUGCGAGGCCUUGCCCGCCACCGUCAAGAAGCGCGUGGCGAGCGCGUGCGUGGGCCAUACGUCGUGCACGGUCCACGCCCUCGACACGCUCUAUGCCGAGGAAGCGGGCGAGCCAUUUCUGUGUCCCCACGGCGUGGAGCAGGUCGAGUGCCGCGAGGACCAAUGGCUAGGCGUCGAGCGGUCGAGCCGGCGGCAGGCGCGGUACGAAUCGCGCGAGCACCACGCGCAGGCGCACAUGGCGCCGGUGACCUAUGCCGGCACGGAGGACCAUUACUUCAAGUCGACCAUGGUAGCCCAGGUGGCGGAGGCUCUUUCGCUCGCGGGCCAGGCGCCGGCGGCCAAGGUCUUUAACUUCAUGUCACGAGUGCGGCAGGUGGUGUGCUCGUCCUACCACGCCUGGCGGCCCAGUGGCGCCCGACGCAUCGUUACUGUGGAGGACCAAAGGGUGAGGCAAGUGGCCUGUGCUGGUUCCAUCGCGGUACUUCUGAUGGAAAGCGGGAAGGUGGCGUGGUGCAAAGUGGGUUCCGACUCCAGCCACCCGCCGCUCAUAGAGCUGACUCUGGUCGGCGAGAAAAACCCCACCUUUCCGCCUGUCAAAGAGGUGGCCUGCACGGAGGGCUACGUUCUCCUGCUAUGCGAGGAGCGAUCUGUAUUCAUGGUGAAGCUUUUGGCUGGGCCGACGGCCUCCAUGUGCUUGGGAAACCAAACCAUCGCAGGCUCCGUGGCCAACUUCGCAGCCCUCACGGCUGGUGGUGAUCUCUAUACCUGGGAACCGAGCAGCGAGCCUACAAAAGUCGAGGGGCUGGAGAACAAGGGCAUCAAGUCGAUUGCCGCUGGGUCCUAUCACAUGGCUGCCAUCACCAACGACGGCCAGCUCUACACUUGGUACGACUCCCGGCUCGCCAGGGGAGGCAAUUCAAUGCACCAGCUGGGCCUCGGCGGUGGGGAAAAGAAGACAGCCAUUCCAAAGCGCGUGGCGGCUCUUCUCACGGAGAUGGGUCGCGUCUACACAUGGGGCGCGGGUACCUCGGGUGCGCUGGGGCACGGCCAAACGGCUGACCAGAUCACGCCUCGCCUUGUUGAAGAGCUGCGCGACCCCAAUAAGACGAAGCUGGCCAAGGACAUCUCCUCUCUGCUCGCUUUCGAUGGCGACAACUUCUCCGACGCGACCGUCUACGGCAGAGGCAGUGCUCGAGGUCUUGCAUGCCACAAGAUGGUGCUUGGGCGCCUACCUGCAUGGAAGCGAAUCAUCGAGGAGAACGACGCCAAGGCUGGUCUGGAAGCCGAACCGGUCCUCCAUGUCGACGUGGAGGACCGCUUGCUGCCAUUCGUGGUCAGGGCCGUCUAUGGCCACCCGCUCGCGCCCGACCUGGCCACCGCCACCUACCUUCAGCUGGCGGCCGUGGCCAAGCGAUUGAAAUUCGCUGCGUUCUUCGAGGAGGUCGUGGCGACGUUCGGCUCCGGCAUCAAUGCCGACAACGUGUGCCGCGUGUGGAGGGAACUCGCGCAUCUCCAGAAGCGAAUCCCGGGUAUCGCGGGCAACGACCUCGGCCCCAACGAUGAUCACGGCCUGGCGCCGCUGGUUCAGGGCGACUUGGCCAGGUUCCACUCGCCCUGCUUCGUGAUGGUCAUCUUCAACUUCGAGCAGAAGUGGAGCAGCGACGAGGAAUUUCGGGCGGUCGCGUACGAAGCCAGCCAGCACUCGCACAAGAUCGAGUCCAUGAUCAAGGAGAAGACACGGCACCAGACCAGCAGGUCGGUGCGCGAGCAACGACACCAGGACCAAGCGGACAAGACCGUCGGUACAUCAGACGAAGGCGCACCUACGACCAUGCCUGAGGAAGUCGCGCAAGCAGACUUAGCGGGCGCUUCGGCCGCGACAGGCGCGACAACAGAGACCACGGCUUUGCCCGACCACGAGCCUGAAACGAGCAACACAACCGGAUCGUCGAUGUUUGAAGAAUAUGAGUCCACGGCCACGGCAGAGGAGGAAGAGUCUCUGUCGAGCACGCUGGCCGCAUUUGUCGACAACGAGCGCUACGCCGACGUCAAGCUCGUCGUGGAGGGUCGCGACAUCCAGGCGCACAAGGCCAUUCUGUGCGCGCGGUCGUCGCACUUCCGCGCCAUGUUCACGCUCGGCAUGCGCGAGGCCACGACCAACGUGAUCGAGGUGGGCGAUAUUUCAUACGAGGUCUUCGCAACGAUCCUUCGCUACCUCUACGCCGCCGAGGUUGAGUUACAGGAGGAAACGGUGGUCGAACUCAUGAUCAGUGCCAACCAGUACGUGCUGCUGCCUCUGCAGGAGCAAUGCGAAGCGUUCAUCGAGCAGGGCCUGUCGGCGGAGAAUGCUGGGUACUUCCUGGAGAUGGCCAACCGGUUCCAGGCGCAGCACCUCAAGGCCCUCGCCCUGGAGUACAUGGUCCAGCAUCGCGCCGAGUUCGAGUCGGAGUGUCUCGUCGCCGGCUCCGGCAUCAACUGGGCGCCAGUCAACAGCUUCUCGACGUUUUCGAUUCAGUCGUGCAACGUGGAUGGCGACCUGCUCGCCUCUGGCGGCCAAGAGUUCGAAGUGAAGAUCUACCCAAUCGAUGUGCCGGAACUCGCCGAUACGCCCGGCUCCGAUUUUGACUCGGCCCGCAGCGCGAGCACCGACGACAAGGAAGCGGAAGGCGAUGACAAGAGAAUGGCCAAUCUCGAUGCCAACCGAUAUGACGACCGGCUGCUCGAGGAUAUCAAGACACAGCUGCAGCAGCAGGGCUUCAUCAAGGCCCGAGUCACCGAGUACCUGCAGGUGGCUAACCCCACAGGCGAGUACGUGGUGCAGUAUGGUGUGCCUUACCGGGGCACCUACAGACUCGAAGUCACUCUCUACGGCAAGCACGUCAGAGGCAGUCCUUUCAUCAUCUGGGCCGGACACGAAUAUUCGCCCCACGACUGCGAGCUUAUCUACGACGCCGAGCAGCUAACUCUCGUGGCCGGAGAGUACCGAACCUUCACCCUCGUGGCCAAGGACUCGUUCGGUCAGCAGUGCCUUGGCGGAGGCAAGGAAUGGGAGGCUACUAUAGGAGAGGCGCUGGACGGCUCUGGGGUUUCGCUCGAGGACCACAACGAUGGCACCUACACCCUCUCCGUAAUGGCAACCCUGGCCGGCCAGCACCCGCUCACUGUCGGACUCAAGUCCGAUGCGUUGACGCUCUUCGGUCGCCACAUUGGCUCGACCACGGCGAGGCCCUCACGCCCCAUCAAAGAAACGUUCGAGGUGGUGCUGCACGACCGGUGGGACAACGAGGCGGGCCUGGCCGGCAAGACGCUGGACGACAUUCAGGUGGUCAUCAGGCGCGAGCGACCGGGCGAGCUCGUGCGCGCUCAGCAGCGGCGCGACCUCCUCACUCGGCUGUGGCGUACCGAGGACGAACUCGCCACUGCCGAGCGCACAAUACGGCUCCGUGAGGCCAGGGAGCGCAACGUGGCCAAGCACCGCGGGGACCUCCUGCUGUUCAAGCAGAAGAUCAAAGCCCAGGCGGCGUCCAGCGCCGACGCGCAGAAGGCUCUGCAGGGCGAGACCAAGAUCGAGCUUGAGGCCACCACCAAGCGGGCCGAGGUCGAAGAGCUCCGGGCGCUGGACGCAGCGCUCACCAGCGACCCCGAUUGGCAGCUCGACAACAACGCCGAGGAGCAGCUCAAGUCGGCCGACAACGUGCGCGUUUCGGUCGCGCUCAACCCUCUCUCCGGCUUCACGGUCGAGUACACCAUCGAGAAACCGACGAGCGACGACGCCAACGCCUCCACCGGCCAGUAUGUGAUCAUCGUCAAGCUGCACGGGGAGCACAUCACCAGCAGCCCGGCGUCCGUCAUGUGCUGGGGCGAGUCCCUCUUCGCAGCGCCGGCGUUGCCCGCGUUCGCCUUCAGCCCGCCCACUGCCACCGGUUCGUCCCCCUACAAUCAGUCGGGACUGCUCGCCGGCAUGACCACCACCGCCACGAGGAGAAAGGACCGAGCUCCGGGAGGCCGCAAGAGCAGAUCGAGUGCCGCUGCCGCCGCCGCUGAGGAAUCCACUUCGCUCUCGUUUUCCUUGCUCUCCCUGAAUGGUCCCGAACCAACGCCUGGCGCCACCCUCUCCACAUCGCCUUCAUCAUCAUCGUCGCCGUUCUCUUUGUCGGCCGCGCCGCCUCCUCCGUCGACGUCAUCAUCGCCGCCGGCGAGUCCGUUCUCGUUCUCGACCAUGCCGCCUCUUACCCCAACGUCGGCUUCAUCGUCGUCACCAGCGAGUUCGUUCUCCUUUACAACCGCCGCGACACUUGCACCCGGCGAGCCUACUGCUCACUUCUCGUUCUCGUCACCUUCGCCAUUCGCAUCAUCAUCGCCCUUCGCGCCUGCGACUUCUACUCUCAUGUCUUCGUCUUCUUCAUCCUCUUCCUCAUCACCCUCUGUGUUUGCCUUUGGCUCCCCCACCCCGAGCGAGCCGGCGAACCUGGAAUAA